AUCCAAUUGGGAUUAUUGGGCAUUAGUUGUUAACUUGUUGAUUAGGGUAAUUUCGUGACGCUUGGACGGUCCUCCGCCACCUUUCUUUGGGAGGGGGCAAACAGCGACACGUCCUUAGGAAGCUUCAAAAGCUGUAAUGCCAGGGCGCAUGUUAGCACCAGUCACGCGUGGGCCGCGGGUGGUGUAACGCGCUCCGUCUUCUAUAGCGAGCUGUAGAGACGACUGAGUCGAGCUUCGAGACAGUACGGUGAAGCUAGAGAGAGCGCGAGAGAGAGAGAGAGGGACAGAGAAAGGGGUCAUGGUGGAAUCGGAGCCAACUCAGAUACUGGUGGCGGUGAACGAGUCGACGAUCAAAGGCUAUCCUCAUCCGUCCAUCAGCAGCCGAGGCGCCUUCGAAUGGACUCUUCAGAAGAUCGUACGCUCCAACACCUCUAGCUUCAAGCUCCACUUCAUUCAUGUCCAAGUCCCCGACGAAGACGGGUUUGAUGACAUGGACAGUAUAUAUGCUUCACCGGAUGAUUUUGAAAAUAUGAAGCAAAGGGACAAGAUAAGAGGGCUUCAUCUGCUGGAAUUUUUUGUCAACAGAUGUCAUGAAAUUGGGGUUACUUGUCAAGCGUGGAUCAAGAAAGGAGAUCCAAAGGAAGUGAUCUGCCAUGAGGUGAGACGAGUGCAUCCAGAUUUUCUGGUUGUUGGAAGUCGAGGUCUUGGCCCCUUUCAGAGGGUGUUUGUUGGAACUGUGAGUGAAUUUUGCGUGAAGCAUGCAGAGUGCCCUGUGAUCACAAUCAAACGCAGAGCAGAUGAAACUCCCCAGGACCCUGUUGAUGACUGAUUGUUUCUGCGAAGUCCUCAAUGCACUGGGCUUGGCUGUGUUGAAAUAGACUGUGUCAUUUGAGCCCAUUUUCUAUAUUUAAAAACGUGCUUGAUUAGAAACGUUAAGAAAGAUGAUUUUGUGUUCAAAAUUUUGUGAGCAGAGGAUUUGGAUGCUGCUGAAGAGGAAUCUCUCUUACCAUGAAGUUAUUACUCCAUUUGCAGGGUUUCCUUUUGAGGUUUGAGCUGUCUCAAAUUGCUUCCUUUAGAGAAGUUGUUGAGAAGGGUUUGGUUUGCUCAUGGAUUCGGGCAUUUGGGUGUUUUAUGUGUGGUUCAUGUUUAAUGAUCAGAAAUUCAUUGGUAAAUAUUCUUUCAGUGUUCUUUAUGCAGACAUUUCAUUAAUUUAUUCCCAUUUGAAUA